UAGAAGAUUACGUUCAAUUGAAAGAGUUUGUUCCACAUCGGUUAAAAAUACAUUGGGGCUUGAAAUGGUAACGUAAACUCAAGAUCUCUCUGAAACCUAAAACAUAGCAUUUGGCUGCAAAUUUGACUGCAAGUUACAGAAUACAACAACUUGCACUAUUAAAAGGACUAUGAGGCAAGACGAAGGCAUCCCCAGCCCCUUCGCCUUUAAAAUGCCAUGGAAGCACAGAGGCUUUCGGCAGAACUCCUUAUCUGCUCUCCAAAGCUGUGACUCUUCAUCCUUUCCUCAUGAAGACCCGGGGGAUUGCUUACUUAGCAUACACCAGAGGCAAUGGAUAGGGUGAGCAGUCACUGCAGCCAGAAAACCCCCGUUCAGAGCACAGGCAAUUACCCUCCACAUGCAGAGACUUUGGAGCUGAAUUGUGCUGAAUAGAGAACCCCUCCGGCUGAGAGCCAUGUGUGCCCGGGAAGAGCGGCCACUUUCGUUCCGCUGAAAAGCAAUGCAAACACACCGGUGAGGAGAACUGCUUCCAGGUCUGGGUGGACGUGAACCUGAGUGGAACCUGAACGCCAUUAAAGCCACACUGACGAGCAAAACUUUUAAAAUAUGACUACAGUCAGGAUUUUAACUCCACAAUGCUGCUAUGCCAGGAGGUGACAGGAUUCCUACCCAGGUCUGGAAGGUGGUUGAUGAUGUUAGGAGUAACUAUAAACCCAGAUGAAGAGCGGCAUAAGCAAUGGAGGGACCAACCCCAGAGCCUGUGUACGUUGAUGUGGACAAGGGACUGACGUUAGCAUGUUUCGUCUUCCUCUGCCUCUUCUUGAUUGUGAUGAUUAUUCGCUGUGCAAAAGUCAUCAUGGACCCUUAUAGUGCCAUCCCUACGUCUACAUGGGAGGAGCAGCAUCUAGAUGACUGACUUCACUAGACAGAGCCAUAAAAUGCAGUGAUCCAGGAGGCCUUUUCCUAUUCGGAAGGCCAACACACAGAACCAUUUUCAGAUAUGCAGGGCAAUGGCAAUAUCUUUAAGAGCACACAGUGCAAAUGAUUCUUGCUCAGCGGAUCACAAUAUCAGCGAGCCAUUCUGGCAGCACAGUUUAAUACUAUGCAGCAACCCUUAUAUUACUGAAAACAGUUAUCAUUGUAACUUGAGUAGCACAAGACCUUUCCAUAUAACUCAUGCUCUAGCACAGUUUGUCCUCCCUUCAAUAUCUCCCACAAAUCCAGGGUAACCAUCAGAAUUCAGAGAAGCAACAAAAACAUUUAGUCUUUCCUGGAAAUAGAUUGCUUCAAGUACCUUCUGCAGUUAUUGUAUUUGUGUUUUGAAAAAAGACUGAGAUUUUAUAAUGUUGUAUCCCUGAGCAUCACUAAGUAGAGGAGCCAAAGGAUCCCUGGUUAAGUAGGGUUACAGGAGCAGUUUUAUUCUCCACUCACUUCUUGGUUCUGUACAUACACUCCUCACCAGGCUGCAGUCAUAUUUUCAGUGAUUAGGAUACAGAAACACUCAGAUGACAGUUCCCAAGGGGGUCAUAGACUAUUGUUGACCCUGUACCAUCAUCUCACUCUAUCCUGCUCAUGCAAACAUGGCAUUUUAUCCUCAGCUGUGAGUCCAUGGAUCAGCCAGAUAUGUCAGACCACCUAUGAUGAGAUUGGUGGGCAUCAGAAGUCCAUGGAGCAAAGUUUGGACACUCCUGGUUUUAACUACAUAGAACUUGUUGUGAUUUUCAAAGAGCGAUUCCACAUGCAACUUCAUCAGUCUUUUGUUUCAGGAACACCUCAGUGGGAUGACGCACAAACAGAAUGACAAAGACAGUAAACAAGGAGAUGUUGCUCCUAGCUUUGUCAAUCAGACAGACUUCUCAGUGUCACAGUUACAGUAUCACACAAUAAUAUGCAUUCUACCUCCGCGAAAUUCAGCACCUUUAAAAGAAGAACUUUUCCACAUAUUUGUAAGGUGAAUACCUGUACAUUUCCUUCUUGCAAUUCAUUAAGACAGCCAUUAUGCAAGAAGGCAUAAGUGAACAGGGAAGCUUUAGAAAUUUAUCAUUUACUUUUUGAAGAGUAGGAUUUGAGAGAUUCUGAUGUCCUCUGUCCCCCAAAUUCUAAGCUUUGCUCACAGCUGCCUUCCC